AUGGUCCCCGGCACCUACCAAGUUUGUUGGUGCUCAGCGGGUGGGACCGUGUCCAAUGCCUGCAGCGAUGACCAGGAGUUCACGACAAAUGUCGCAACUCUCGAAGUUGGUGGGCCUACAGCAGGAGUGAUCCAGUCCUUCGAGUGCAUCACUGGCGUUGCUUGCACUCUUCCAAUCACAGGAGCAGGUCUUAACAACAAUGAUCGCAUCCUAAUCAUUGCGGACUACCUGGAGUGCGGCUUUGCCCCACAGACUAGUGCUGUGGUUUCGGGGGGUGACUUCUCAAAUCCCAGAACAAGCGGGUCGGACACACUCUCCCGGUUCGGCGGCAUCAUCAUGGGCCGUCAUGGGAACUUCAAAGUGUGCUGGUGCGGUAGCUACAAUGAGAUCACCUGUCCAUCUUGCUGCACGCAAAUGGACCACUACACGGUGUAUGCUGGCAACAUCUCCAGCGGCGGCCCGAUCCAAGGUCAAGUUGACCGACCACCCGUUGGUGUGCCGUUCCACUACACCAUUUCAGGAUGGGGCAUGAGCAGCACUGACAGGAUACGAAUUGUUGACAAGAAUGUGAUUUGCGGCCGGGCUGGUGCAGAGACGCAUUCCCUCGGCAUCGAAGCUAGCACCGUGCCGAACGGACCGCCGACGUAUACUGAGGGAGAUCCCGGCAACCGCACAAGCGCCAGCUGGAUCAACAUCGUGGUGCUAUCCUUGGCGCGAGAGAUGAGAGCCUUGGCUUUACAGCUUAAUGUCUUGGAGGGCCCUGUCUGGUACUCUCCUGCAUCUCCUGUGUUUCCGCUCAUGCUCAGGCUAGACAUUGGCCUCAUCAACCCACGGGGUCGGACGGAAAGUGCGGAGGAUUUGGCACUGCUGCCGCGCUCUGAGUUCACGGUAUGGUAUUGGAAGGCGCCGGACAGUGGCUGCGACAGCGAUGAGGACUUCUCAUUCCGGGCUGGCAUCAUCAGUGCCAGUGGAGUGAACAUCGGCCAACACUGGCACUGCGCUGCAUAUUUUCCGUGCACGGUCGAGAUCAUGAUGUCAGAUGGCCUGGCUGGCGGGGACUACCUGCAGUUGGUUGCCGCAGCUCCAGGUGCCCGUUGCGGCACAGACGGCCGGGCCGCUGCUACAAGCUUCACGAGGGGGACGCGUAUUCGCGGUUAUGAAGGAAGAGACACGAAUGGACAAGAGUUGGUCAUGUUCGAGUUCGGUUCUCCUCAGGCUCCAGGCGUCUACCUUGCCUGCUAUUGUCAGGGUUCAGUCUGCAGCACCAGUUCAGUGACAGACCUGGACUUCUUCCAGCAAGCCGGACAGGUUACCGUGAUGGGGCUGCAGGGGCGCGACGACUACCACAAAUGCUACCUGAGGGGACAGUGCAGACUGAACUUACGAGGCGCGGGUCUCGACGUGCAGGACGCCUUGAUGCUGGUGGAUCCGAUGGACAACUGUGGGCAAACCGGCUCCCCAGUGAGUUUCAGCAUCGAUGGGCCGCGAUUCUUCACCAGUGCCGGGGACAGGCUGUUCAUCGGAAAUCUCACCUCGACGAGCAACGAAGGCCUUGAGAGCUGGACUUUUGACCUGGGCACGCCAAUCCGUACCGGAAGGCAUCGAUUGUGCUACUGCAGUCGGGGGCGUGCCGCCAACGGCAUCGCGUGUGAGAGUCGGGCAGACUUCGACCAAGCCGCAGGUGAACUUUUCAUCCGAGGGUCAGAGUUCAACUCGGAGCUCCGCUGCGAGCAGGGAGAGUCUUGCCAGGUUACUGCCCGUGGAGCGCAGUUUGAUGCGUUGGAUCGCAUGGUAUUGCUGAAGGAUGGUGCUGAGCACAGCUGCGGAAUGGUGAACAGUGGACAAUAUCCCUCAUGGGCCGCCCCGAUGACGCCGGAGAAUAUUCAACCUGACGCCAUCAUCCCAGACCUUUGGGCUGCAACGUGGAUCAUCAGCAGUGUCCGCGAGCCUGGCACUUACAAGAUUUGCUACUGCGCCUACAUCAUAGGUGGCACUCCAUGUGUGGAGGGCGGUCAGCUGACGCCCUAUGAGCGCUACCAGCAUCAGCUUGGCACUGUCAGGGUCACUGGUUCCAUCUUGGCAGUUCGGCAGGUUGGUGUAACUCCGGGCUACUGGCAGCCAAAACUACCUGCGGCGAAGUAUGCAGUCAGCGUUGAAGUGGAUGUGCUGAACACAUUCAUGAAGUACACAUGCGUUGCUACAACGCAAGCUGCGCCUGCAAAUUUUAUACCUCGGAAGUCAGACUUGGAGAAUUGCACCAAGGACAUCUCUGAGUUGUCCGAGCGGCAGCGAUUUUUCCCUCGGUGCUGGGGGAUUGGAACCACGGUGGAGACGGUGACAGACAUGGGCCCUAACCUGGUGCACGUUCCCACCCACAUCCCGGACCUCACCCUGGAAUCUGCAGCGCAAAUGCACGUGUGGUGUUAUGGCCGAGAUCUCUGCUCCAACGAGCGAUGUGUCAUGCCAGCAGACAAUGUUGGCUUGGCGGUUCCCAUCACUGGGGGCCUGGUCUCUUAUGCCACAAACUGGGCGGCGACCGUCUCCACUCCGUUCGCGCUGAGAGUUCCAUUGGCAAGUGACUUUGACGUGGGUGACCCUUGGCCCCGCUUGAAGAUCAUCACGCUGGACAGCGAAUGCGACACCACGCAGAUUCACCGAUCGGUCAUGGGCAUCACAUGCCUGGAAAGUGGAGUCGGCAUGUGCGAGCCAGCGCCGAUGUCCACCCUAACUUCCGGCUCCUGGGGUUCGGGACGGGAGCUGAUUUGGACCGGUAUUGCGGUGACUCGAGCAGACAAGUUCACCGUCUGUUACUGCGACCGACACUAUGCUAGUACCUGCGUGGCUUGGAUCCCCAUCGGCAGCUUGCAAGUGAAUGGGCCGCAGAACUCUGGAUCCAUGAGGUUCGUUGUGAAUCCGGGAGUCCCUGGCACAGUCACCGUCCACGGCAUUGGGCUUGCAGCCAGACUGCAAGUGAGUUGUGUGAAGAUGUGCCAGCACAGCUACACCAGCGCCUGGGGCUUAGCUCUGAACAUUCAGCCUGGUUGUUGCUUCGGCUUUGUGGUUUUCAUGGGGAUGAACUAUGUCAUUGGCCGCUUAUUGCGUGGAUUCAAUUGGCCAAUUUGUUGCGCAGAUGGGCAAAACGUCAAAGCUACCCGGCGGUGUGGCAACAGUACAGGCAAGUCAACCUGCCGAAGCAAAACCCUUCUGAUGGUCAACUCGCGGCUAAACACCCGGCCGAUAUCGAUUCAAAGCGCGAUUUGCCGCACCAUCGCUACUGCCUUGGCGCAGAAAGAUGAGGUCAAACAAUGGGUCCAGCAGCAUGUCACUCCGGAAGUACACGGAGGAGUUUCGGGCAGAGGGGUGCACACCGCAGUCCUUGCUUUAGCGAGCAGUUUCCAGCACGAGCACGCGGUCCUGUUAUCCCUUGAUAUGAAGAAGGGCUAUGACUAUGCCGACCCGGAGUUGGUAGUGGGACACCUUCGCCGACGUGGGCUGCCUGAACAUUGGUGCCAAUAUUUUGCACAUGUAUGGAUGGAGCAAUACCGAUGGCUGGAAUGGGACAACCACGUCUGCCCUGAACCAGAAUUCGUUUCCAGAUCGCUGCCACAAGGAGAUCCGUUUGCAGUUUUGGGCUUUGUGUUGCUUCUGUCCGAGGCCGCCUCGGCUGCAAGGCAAAAUGCUUCCCAGGAUGAGGUCUGCGCGCUCUUCGUUGAUGACAGAACAGUUGUAGUCAGAGAACCCCGUUUCCUGCAAGGAGCUUUCCGGUUUUGGAUAGCUUGGAGUCGCAGGCUUGGUUUCGAAGAAAACUUGGACAACCUUGCCAUCGUCUGUGCCAACCCCAGUGAUGAGGAGGUGGUCCUGGCCCAGGGCUUUGAAGCAAACGCAGUUGUCCGACAAGCCAAGGUACUCGGCGUUGACUUUCAACAGAGGGGCUUGGAUUCAGAGGGCCGCACAGCUGAGACCAGACGGAAAGAUGGCCUUGCAAUCCUUCAGCGACUACGGAAGGCUCCAGUUGCAGUCGUCACCAAGGAGGUGCUGGCCUCCACUCGGGCACUCCCAAGGGCUUGCUGCGGCGUCUGGUUUCGACAUUUCGAGGACAGCAGCAAGUUUGGCACCCAAGUCAAGUACGCUGUACAGGCUCACCGCAAUGGAUCUCGCAAUUUGUGGGAGCUCUUUUUUGGUCCAGCAGCGAACCCGGCGAUGUACAGCCUGCAGCAAAGCUUCAGCUACCUCGCUCGAGGCAUGCGUUACUGGCAUGGCCAAGGGAAUGGGACGACAGAGCAGUGGGAAGUCCUGAUCAGCGUGGAGGGCACUUACAAUGUGUGUUGGUGCGGUGGUCUCGAAAGCAGCUGCAGCUCGGCGGACGACUACACUGUGUUCCUAGGGACGCUGUCGGUGGCUACUUACCGUGACUGCGAGGCGGGGCAACAGAGCAUCAGCGGGGGCAAGCCCUUCAAACCUUGCCUGCACACAGAUGUUUCUUCCUAUGCCUGCCCGCAUCUGGUGUCUGGUGCUGUUUGGGACCAAAAGGGUUGCGACUUAGCCGGGCAAUGUGCCUGGCACCAGGCCUUCCGUAGCUGCACCGCAUCCCCAGCAAGAUUUGGGUCAUCGGGAAGAUCCAAUGCCAUACCCGGAACCCGAAGCUGA